CGAUGAUCGUCAUCGAAGCCGCGCACGUAAACGGAUAACUGCGUCGCGACGCCGAUCUUUUGGCUCCCCGACCCCAAUUAUAGAUACAGAAUCUCGAGAUAAGCGAGAUCGAGCGGUGGAGGAGCAAGUCCGGUCCUAAUGUCUGCACGGAUCAGCCACCGAUAGUUGCCGCUACGAUAUCGAAUCGCGUGAUUUUAUUUUUCUCAACCUCUGCUGGCUGUGAGUGUGAUCUCGUUGAUUAUGGAUCUAAAUCACCGGGGUGAGAUGUGCCGCUGCGAGGGAUUGUGAAGCUAUAGAUUGUUCCUAUCGACAAAAAUUCACCAUGAGGACGUACGAGUUUGGCUGCCUGUUACUUGCAAUUUUUGCCGCCGUCUGGGAUACGGCCGACAGCCUCUGUUCCCUCGACAAGUACGCCGCGGCAUUGUGCCACGACCUGGAAGAUGCGCGAUACAUCGACACGUACCAUUUGCAUGCCCUGCGAGCACCCUCCUCGUCGAAAAUCUUGGCACCUGGCAACUUCAACAACCUCACGAGUCUUCGGCACUUGGACCUGUCAAAUGGCAAUAUCGUGAUCAUCAAGAGUGGCAGCUUCGCCAAGCUCGGCUCUCUCCAAACACUCAAUCUCGCGAAUAAUCGCAUAAGUCACUUGGAGGCCGGGGCGUUCGACGGGCUCAAGCGCGUUUAUAGCUUGAAAUUGGAAGGCAAUGCCAUCAGGCAGCUUCCCUCGGCUCUGAUAAGCUUGAAGGAGCUCAGAGUGCUCGACAUAUCCGGCAAUGCUCUCAACUGCAAUUGCGCGAGCAUGAAGCUCAGAGAUGCUUUAUUAGCACGUGGGAUAAAGAUCGGGAAGAAGACAUAUUGCUCGGAGCCGAGUUCCGUUAAGCGCGCGUCGAUCUUCAAGCCCGAGACGGGAUUAAUGUGCGAGUUUGAGAAGCAGGACUUGGUGAUGCAAGCUGAUCAGCCAAUCGAUGAUAUGGUCGAUGGUUCGGGCGAGGUUGAGACAGAGGAAACCAUCUCGGAGAGUGACUUUGCGUACGAUGAGCGAGAAGAGGACCGUACGUUGCUUAUCGAGAGCGAAGAGGAGGCGGCGCUCGAAUCGACAUUGAUGCCCGUAACGAGGACGACCGCUAGGACAACGGGCUCCAGAAGCUGGACGACAUCUACGACAAUGGCGCCUAGAACGUUGUCGAUCAUAACGACAAUGGCGUCGAGCACGUUGUCGACCUCAACGACAGCGACGCCCGAAACGAGCUCGAUCACAACGACAACGUCGGCCAGGAGUGCUUAUACGGACAAUGUAUCGGUCUCCACCGGCCCAACCAAGGACGACAUUACCUUCGAGGAUACGGAAGAGCCGUUGAGAGUAGAGAGCGUCACGACUAGUGCACCGUCGGGCACGGACGUUAAACAGGACGAGGCUGGGCCGACGAGUUCAGGCGCAGCCGAAAAUACCGUUUCCUCUUACGCGACAUCCACGUCGGCAAGUACACUUGACCACGUCGUGCCCGAUGAAGGAUCUGGAGAGAGCGACGACGACGGCUCGGGAUCGGAGGGUUCGGGCAUUAUCGCGCGUAUGCCCGCAAUCGAUUUUAACGAGACGAGCAGAGGGGCUUUCGACGAGGAUGAAGCUCAGGCAUCCUCGUCCUCGACGACAACGACCACCGAGAGCUCGAGCUGGUGGGGACUGGGUAGCAUCAUUAGUAAUUUAAAUCCCUGGGGAUCAUCGGAUACGACAGCGGCCCCGAGCAGCACGGAAAAGAGCGCGGAGGACGAUCUGAGGGAAGAGGAAUUCAUCCAAGUGACCAAUGACGCGUCGACUCGGGAGUCGAUCGACACCGUUAAACACACGGUUAUACCAAGCGCAACACCAAACCUACCAAACAUCGUACCAACGGACGAGGGAGCGUUGGAUUUAACAUCCCAAGACGUUACGAGCAAGAACUUGGAGGACAAUAGCGUGGACACGUCACCAUCUCAAGACAACAAGAAGGGAAUCGGUUCUUACAUUGUCCUUAUAACCCUUCUCGUUAUUCUCGCUAUUCUCCUCGGCUUUGCCAUUUACAAGGGCGACUUGUGCAGAAAGAAGCGCAAGCGCAGGGACGUCGAAAGGGGCACGGAGAUGAAGGAUAUGCAGAGGACUCUAUUGGACCAGAAUGUCACGCAGCCGAAGGUCCAGCCGAUUAACGGCAACACUAUGGAAAACGUGCCGCUAAUGAAUAGCGCGAGUCUGCCGGAUGAGCCAAAAUGUAAUCAGAAGCGAUACGAUGUAAGCCCAACAAGUUUGGCCAGUAAUGGACCAAACAAGACGAAUGGCAUAGCCAUUGAGGUGAACGAUCCGAUAAAACCGUCGAGGAAGUCGCUUAAGCAGGAUAUCGAGGCGCCGCUUAACGGACUAAAUCCACCGAUGGAGGCCAUCGAUGCGCCAACUAGGACGAGCUUGCACAGUGAAUGCAACGAGAUCAUAAACGCUUUAGAUUAUUGCGAGCAGCCACCACUGACUCCCGGAGCUCACAGGGUGAAGAUUACGAUGCAGGAUAAUCCAGACAGUGUGCCGAAAACGCCCAUACUGAUAACGCGAAUGAAAGACGGUGACAAGUUAAUCAAGGCUCCGUGAGACUCGACGAGGCACUUCUUCUCGCGCUAUUUUCACGGGCGACGCAAUAUUGUACAGCUUUUGAAUUUUGAAUAAUAGGAAGCUAAACUUAAGCCGAUAGUGCUUCAGCCUUACUUCCGUCUACG